UAUAUCCUCUCCGGCCCGACUACAAGGCCUCUGGGUGUCCAGGGGAGGGCGGGGGGAAGGUGGGCCGGGCCGACGCUGUGAGCGGGCGGAUACAACGUAAGGCGCUGCGCAGCGUCUCCAUAAUCCCGGGACAAAUUCCAGCUGAGCAGCGCUUGUCAUUGCAGGCAGCGCCGGAGUGUGUGAGGAUGGGCCGGCUGGAUGGGAAGGUGAUUGUCCUCUCGGCUGCUGCACAGGGCAUUGGACGGGCGUGUGCAAUCGCAUUUUGCAAAGAAGGUGCGACAGUAAUUGCUACAGACAUCAAUGAAGAGAAACUAAAGGAGUUGCAGCAGUACUCAGGUAUUCAAAUCAAAGUUCUGGAUGUGACUCGGAAGGAACAAAUAGAAAAGCUGGCCAAGGAGAUCGAGAGAGUUGAUGUUCUGUUCAACUGUGCAGGAUUUGUGCACCACGGCACAAUUCUGGAUUGCGAAGACAAAGACUGGGAGUUUACCAUGAACCUCAAUGUGGGCAGCAUGUACAUGAUGAUCAGAGCCUUUUUACCCAAGAUGCUUGCUGAGAAGUCCGGCCACAUCAUCAACAUGUCCUCCGUGGCAUCCAGCAUCAAAGGGGUUGUGAACAGAUGUGUGUACAGCACCUCCAAAGCUGCUGUCAUUGGAUUGACCAAAUCCGUAGCUGCUGACUUCAUUGAACAAGGCAUAAAAUGCAACUGUGUUUGCCCAGGUACCGUCGACACUCCCUCACUGAGAGAUAGGAUUCAAGCCCAGCCAAACCCUGAACAGGCUCUGCAAGAUUUCCUGGGCCGACAGCGGAGUGGGAGGAUGGCCACCGCAGAGGAGGUGGCUCAUCUGUGUGUGUACCUGGCGUCUGACGAGUCUGCCUACGUGACGGGGAGAGAGUUUGUCAUUGACGGAGGCUGGAGCCUGUGACUGCUGGACAGUGCGUGUUACAAGCCCCAUCCAUCACCUGUGUGGAUUAUCGCUCAUCAAUUCCAACUGAUCCUCCUUCUAGCACCUAAAUCACACUCCGGUUCCUGCUGAAUCACGAUGUCCCUGUCUCCUGGUGAACCCUGACCCUCAUGCUAACCCUAACCCUGACCCUCAUGCUUCUCCCGAGGCUGCCUCACCUUCCCGUUGUGGCUUACGCGGGUCCCACUGCACUGCAGCUGGGACAGACCCAGCCUGGACCCGGCCAGACCCAGUCUUCACCGGUCCUGAAACUGUCUCCUGCACCCAGGUGACUUCCAGCCACAUCACGCCCAGCAUCACCCAUUCAUAGUUACACAGCACAGAAGCAGGCCCUUCAGCCCAUCAUGUGCAUGCUGACCAUCAACUCUUCAUCAAUACUCAUGCCAUUCAGCAGCACUGGGCCUGCAGUCAUCUCUUCCUCAAUGAUUCAGCUGCUCACCCAGAUACAUGUUGUGAGAAUCUCUGCCCUCCCCAACAGAGAGUGGGUUCCAAACUCCAGCCACCCUCUGGGGAAACCCUCUGAUUCUCCUACCCCCCCCCCCCCCCCCCCCCC